CACUGGAUGACAUUGAUGUUGGAGUGGGUCACAGAACAUGCCAAGCAGGUGUCCCGCAUGUUACCAGGAGGUCUUUGUAUUCUUGGCCUGUUUUUAGUAACCCCACCUGAACUCUCCAAAGAUGCCCAAAAUGCAUUAAAAAGGCUUGUAUUUGCCAUGGAUAAAUACAUAACAACUGUCUGCAAAACAUUUGAUGUGAAAGAUCCACAGAGUUCGGCCAAGCCAGCAGACUGGAAGUAUCAGACAGGUGUCUCAUCAUCCUGGCCCAUGUUGAUCUGCUCUGUUGAGGUGGAUGUGCAGAUCCUUGUGUCUUCUGAUAUCACAGACAAGUGCAUGAAGGAUGGUCUUAGGAGGUGGGCUGAACAGAUUGAGGCUGCUUACUGUCUCAUAAAUGGCAGACAGGCAUUAGAUGACUCUGAACUCUCAUCAGGACAGAAAAAGAACCCAAAAACUACCCAUCGUCAGACACUGCCAGCACGGAUCUUUGUCACUGAUGUAUAUCAAUGUCACAGGAACAGUCAGAGCUGGAUGAGUGCCAGCAGUACCAGCAGUGCUCUGGUUCAGGUGUGCAGUGGCUCCGUGAAGGUUCGAGGGGUGGUUUACUGCAGGGCCUACAUCCACAACAACAAACCCAAAGCCAGACAUGCAGCACAGGCCAUUAAGAGAGGCAUCAUAAACACGGUUUGCUCCAGAGUGGAGAUGUUUCUGGAAGAUCUUUUAAUAAAUGAAGGGAGUCACAAAGGUCUGUGCAGUGGGCAGCAGGCUCUUCCUCGGCGUGUGUUUGCACCAGUGCCCAUCUCCGGCCUGUCUGUGUGUGACUACAUGUUUCCAGAUGAAAGUACAGCUGAUGUGGCCGAGCGUCUGAAAGAGAUGCUGGACUGCGAAACACCAGAAGAGGACAUAGAUACUGGUUUGGAGGGCAAUCAAUUAUUUUCCGAUGUUUCUGGAUCAGAGAUAACUGACAGCCCCAGUGAUGAUUCUAGUAAGCAUGUCAUCUCAGAAGUCCAAGCUGAAAAUCCUAAAAAUCAGAAAGCCCCUCAAUAUUAUGCUGGUGUGGCCGUAACAGCAGUCAUUGCUCUCCUUGCCACAGCCACAUCACUACUGUAUUUUAAUGAAUGACAAUGGAAAUAGAAAAUAUGUUUGUUUGAGUGAGUGUGUAAGUAUGCAUAAGUGAGUGUGUGUGGAGUACUCCCUUAUAAUCAGUAGGUUUGGCUAUUUGAGUCUAGACAAAUCUUAAUUUUAUACUAUACAAUGACAAUGUAGAGAAUGACUGUAAUGUCUCCAACAUUCACUGCCGGAUCUCACUGAUGCCCACUGAUGGGUUCAUUCUGUAGCUAUUCUUCUGAAAUUAAAUGUUCAUCAAAAGACAAACAUCAGUGAGGUCUGAUGUUGGGUGAUAGGCUUUGUUCAGACUAGGGCCGCACAAUUAAUCAAAUUUCUAAUCGCGAUUACAAUUAUG